AUGUCGGAUAAUCAGGAGCGGAACAAGAAGCUUGUUGGGCAGCUCAAGGGGAAACUCUGGUUCUGCAUUGAACAGCACGUGAAACGUGAGCUCCCACUGGGAGUGACUUUCACGCCCAAGUUCAUCAACGCACUAGUCGAGCUGUGCUUCGCACAGCUCACAGACCUGGGCGCGGAUCUGGAGGCAUUCGCAAGACACGCCGGCAGAGAGACUAUAGUAAGCGACGACUUCAUGCUGCGGUUGCGCAAGAAUCCAGAUCUACAACAAUUCCUCCGCGAGGAACUGGCCACGACCAAGACCGCGCAACCUGCGCGCUCAAGCGCGCGCAAGUAG